AUGGAAAAUGUAAAAAUAGAACAUACCGAAGAGUCACGUUUGAACACGUUAAACACACUAAAAACCUUAGUCAAUGAUGCAGUUUAUUGUGAUGUACAGUUAAUAACAGAUGACAGCAAUAUAGUCAUACAUAGCCAUAAAUUAGUGUUAGCAUCGGUUAGUCACUAUUUCCAUUCAAUAUUCCAAACAAAUCCUCAAGAUGAAAUUUUUAAAAUAUCGUUCAGUGCGAUUACUUUAAAACUCAUAUUUGACUUUAUUUAUGGAAGGGAAGUCUUCAUAACAGAAAACAAUGUAAAAGAUUUGUUAAUUGCAGCUAAUAUUGUACAAAUCAAAGAGAUACACAAGGCUUGCUGUGAUUUUUUGCAUAACCAGCUGCAAGUAUCUAAUUGCCUCAAUAUGAAUGAGUUAGCUGGAAGCCAUGAAUAUGUGAAAUUAUUAAAAAGUUCAGAGUUAUGCAUUGAACAACACUUUUCAUUAUUUUUGUAUUUUUGUAUUGGAAAUACAAAUUCUAAUGUUACUAACACUACGGAAUGGUACAAUCCAAAAAUCAAAAAAUGGGAAUUUGGUAUUGCUAUGGAUAUUGAACAUCCAAAAUACUUUUUUAAUGUGCUGGAGUUAUCGACUGAAGCACCUUGUUGGACGAGUCACAAAACAGCCAUGAAAGUUAAAAGAAAUUAUUUUGGACUUGGUGUCGUACAUAAUUUGUUAUAUGCCGUUGGUGGACAUGAUGGUACUACUUAUUUAGACAGUGUAGAAGUUUUUGACGUCAGAACUGGAGAAUGGCGUCUGGUCUGUAAAAUGAAGAUGUGCUGUUGGGGUCGGAGUCAUGAAUAA